GAUGUCAAGAUCACCGUUGGGUUCAGCACGGCGCCAUUUCAAGACGUGCGAGCAACAACUGUGAGCCAGCGUGCUGUUGACGAAUAUAUCUUCAAAGAUGCCGAACGUGAGCCAGCCAAGUACAUUCUGAUGCAAGCAGACCUUCAGCGCUUCAACCAGUAUCGGACGAUGCUGAUGACAGAGCCUGCUGAAGAAAUUGCUAGCUGGUGUAUCAACUUCGAUGGCUUUUUCCUUCCAGGAAACACUCCCGAGGGCAUCGAAGGCUACUAUUCUCCUCACUGGCACUCAGCCUUAGCAGGGCUAGGCUUGCCCGAAAACACUUCAUGCGAAGACAUGGCCCAGUUCUGUGAUGUGGAUUCUGGCUCGCUGGUGCGCUUGGUGUGCGGAGAGACGUGCUGCUCCAGCGCGAUCCACAAUGCUGCCUGGUUCAAGGUCACGGCCCUAGGCUGUCCGGCAGGGUGUUUGAAAGAGGCAGACCAGAGCCCUGCACGCACCUGUGCAGAUACACAUGCGAACUCAACCCCUUCCUGGGAUGCCUUCUGGGAUGCAUAUCCGAGUGUGAUAGAGAAUAGCACAGGUCAGUCUCUGUUUAACAAUACGGUAGGGUCGCAAGUCGCAGAAAUGGCGCGAGAGAUGAAGCUGCAGGGCUGUUCCGCCUUGAGCAACAGUCGUUGGGAACGCGAAGUCGUGUUGGGUUGGAAGUGGUGCGAAGGCUUCGAGAAUCUUUUUGCACCCUUGGCUCGCCUGUGCCCAGAGAGCUGUGGGUGCAACGUGGACGACCCGGCCGAGGCCCCUGCGGGCUGCCCAGCAUUUUGCUACCCCAGAUGCGAGGACACGAUUUUCCCGGCCAUCGGAGAGGUGGCUACCUGUGCAGAUGGGCAGGCACUUGGCUGGUGCGUCGACCCUGGAUUCCAAUCCCUUUGCCGGAAAUCCUGUACCGGCUGUUAG